AAUAUUAAAUAAAAUGAGACCUUCAAGUGCAUCUGGAUGUUAAUCAAGGGAAUAAGAGAAAGUAAAUAAAGAACAAAAUAAAUCAUCAAAGUAAUAAGAUAAUAAUAUAGUUGUAUUAUAGUCCUUAUAAAUUACCAAUUGGAAUAAAACAUAGUAAGCCAAGUGGUUCUACAUAGAAGAUGGAUUGGGAAAGGUUGUUUGAAGAGAGUCAACAAUUAAAAAUGAUAGUAAACUAAUUAAGAGAUGAGAAUACAAAAUUAAAGACGAAAAAUGUUAAUUUAGAAGUAAAUAUUAAUUGAUAAUAACAUAAAGAAAGAUUUAGUGAAAUGCUCUAAUAUAAUAGAAGAAAUGGAAUAGACAGGCAAUAUGAAAAGAUUUUAUCAAACUCCUACUUAAGAUAAUUAAAUGAUAUUAAAUUUAAAAACUUAAGUGAAACAAUUAAAUGAACAACUUAAUGAUUCAAAAUAAGAACUAUAAACAAUAAAGAAAGCAUCUAAAUAUACUAAAUUAACAGAAUUAGAAAUUGAAUGUAAAUAAUUUUAAGAUGAAACAAUACGUUUAUCUUAGAUUAUAGAAUAAUUGAUAACUGAUAACAUUUAUUAAAAGUAAUUUGAAAAUGAAUAAAAUAAAUUAAAAGAAAUGUUAAUGUAGAGAGAAUAAUUAAUUAAAUAAAUGUAAGAGGAAUUAGAAUAUUAUAUGGAUGAGAAUAAGGCUCUAUCUGAGAAAUUAUAAUAGAUGGUUUAAGCAUAUCAAGAAUUAGAUAAAAUAUACAAUAAAUAUUAAAGUGAAGCUAAAAAUAAAUUGAAAAUUAAAGAUAAAUAAAUAUAAGAUCUUAGAAAUGAUAUAGAUAGAAUAUCGAUAUCAACUAAAUAAACUAAAUAAAUUACUAUUAAGAAACCUAAUCCUUAAAAAUUUAUGGAUAAAUCUUUAAAUAAUUCUACAAAAAGAGAUCAAUCAUUUAAAAUAAAUAACAAUUUAAAUAAUAGUACUAAUAAUAAUAAUAAUAAUAAUGUACUAAGUUCAAGUGUUAAUCGAUCAAUGAUGGAUUUAAUAGAUGAACCUGUUAGGUAAUAAGAAUUAACAGAAAUAAGUAUUUAUAAUUUAAUUAUAUUUAGGAUUGGAACUUAGAUUAAGAUUAAGUUCUGCAUCAAUUCCUAUUGUUAAAUUAGGUCGUUAUCUUUUUAAUUAGGGUUCAUCAACUAUAGAUUUUAGUUCUCUUCAUGAUAAACUAACUAAAUAGCCAUUUUUAUUAGAUAAACCAGAUGCUAUGUUACUAGCUAGAUAUCUCAUAGAAAAACAUAAUCAAAAAUAUCCAUAUAAUAUUAAUAUCAAUUUAACAUAAUAAAAUGAAUUUGUUAAAUCAGAAUUUAUCAAUAUUAUUGGAUUCUGGCCUAUUUAUGAUAAAGUAGAAUCCAAAAUAUUAGAAAUAUAUCUAUCAAAACUGUUCUUUAAUAUUAUAUCACUUUUAGAAUCUAAACUUGUUGGAUAAACUUUUAAAUAUUCUGAUUUAUUUUAACUACUUGAUUUAUUUUUAAAAUAGUAAAAUAAAUUAAGUCUCAAAUAAAUUGAAUAUUAAUAUCUUUUAUUAAAAGUACAUAUUAUAUAUUAUACAGUUAGAUAAUCAAAGAUUGUCAAAAUAUAAGAAAAUUAAAUGGAUCUCUUAUAUUUAAAUAUUUAAAAGAAUUUUGUGAUUCUAUGGAUCAUGAUGAUGAAAAUGCUCUUGAUGAAUUAUAAAAGUAUUAUACUGGAUCCUCCAAAAGAAAUUCUUUCUUUUUUAAACAACUUCGCUUAAAAUAAGAAUAAAUAUUAUCUUUAUUUGAUGUUGAUUAAAAAGUUUAUGAUCCAUAAUUAGAAUAAGCAAUUGAUAAAUCUUCAUAAACUUAUCUAUUGAAAAAUGGAUUAAUCAGAAGUUAUUCUGAACCUAAUUUUUAUGAAUUAUAAUUACUUUAAGAAGAAGAAGAUGAAGAUAAUUAAGAAGAUGAAGAUAAUUAAGAAGAUGAAGAAUAAUUAUAUUAAUAAGCUUUUCAUAAAUAAAUUAAAGCAAAAUAAUCCUAAGAAGAUGAUGAUGAAGAUAAAUAUUAUGUAGAAGAUAAUGAUAUUAAUGAUGAUGAUUAUUAAAUAGAUUAAAAUGAUUAGAAUGAAGAUUAUUCUCAAAGUGAACUUUAAUAUUAAAUCAAAAAUAAAACUAAUAAAUCAGAUAAUUAUGAAUAAGACGAUUUUGAAAAUGAAUUAGAAAAUUGA